CGGCCCCUAAAUGGCUGCAGAGGAUUUCUCUCUCCUCAGUGCGUGGAUGGAAAUGUUCGGCAACGACAUGUCGUCUCUCGCUAAGCAGUCUUCCAUCAGCAGUGCUGGCAAGAAGUCUGUUCCUUCCUCCACAACCAUCAGAAUGGUUCUACUGGGGAGGACGGGAAGCGGCAAAAGCUCCACCGCCAGCUCCAUCCUCGGCCGGAAGGUCUUGGACCUGAAGCUCAGCAAUCCCUCCAUCAGCCAGCGCUGCCACAGGGCCACGGGAGAAUUUCGUGGUCGACAGCUGCUGAUCCUUGACACCCCCGGCGUGCUGGACGCUCAUCGGACUCUGCAGGAGGUGCAACGGGAACUGAGGAGGAGCGUUAGCCUGCUCUUCCCCGGACCGCACGCUUUCCUGAUCGUCGUCCAGAUUUCAAGAUUCACCCAAGAGGAGAAGGAGGCGGUGCGGCACAUCAAGGAGGCCAUGGGCUCCCACGCUUUGAGCUUCUCCGUGGUGGUUUUUACCCACGGAGACCGUCUCGAGGAGGGGACCUCCGCGAAGCACUGCCUGAUAGACCAGUGUGAGGAGAUGGCCGAGCUGGUGGCUGGAUGCGGGGGCAGGUACUGCGUCUUCAACAACCAGAACCUUCACAACAAGGAGCAAGUCUCCGAGCUUGUCGCUUUGGUGGAGGGCAUGAUGCAGGAUAACGGGGAGAGUUGCUACAACAGCAGGAUGCUUCAGAAAGCAGAGGACGACCUGGCUCAUCAGCUGGAGGAGGAGAGGAAGCUCGCUGGAAGCGACGAGCAGCAGAAACAGAAGCAGGACAGCGCCCUGAAGGAGUGGUACGAAAGAGAGCUGGAGAUGGUUCAGCAGAAAAGCAAGAAGGAGAUGGAAGAGCUGAGGACAAAGCUGGAGCUGGAGAAAGAGAGGGAGAAACUGGCAAAGGAUCGGGAGAAGGCCCUGAGGCAGGAGAUUGAGAGGAAGAGGUCGCAAGAGGUCGUGAGACUGACGGAGAUGGAGAAGAGGAAGAGAGAGGCAAUCCAGGAGAGGCUGGAUAAAGUCACCAAAAUGUUGGAGGAGCAGAUUCAGCGGGAGGAGACGAUGGGACGAUCCAUGGAGGAGAAGAUCCAGAAGGACAAGGCGGAAAACGAAAGAAAGGAGAGGGAGCGGGAGCUUCAGCAGAUCCAAAUGGAGCAGGUGCUCAGACAGACCGAGGAGAUGGAGAGACACGCUCUGCAGGGAGAGCUGGACAAGCUCUGCCAGCGGCUGGAGGAGCUGAGCAGGAAGGAGGAGGAGAGGAAGAGGCAAAUGCACGAUGUCCUCCGACGGGAGCGGGAGGAGAGUCAAAGGGAGCUGGAGCUGCAGAUGGAGCACCUGAAGGCGGAAAAGCGAAGAACCGAGGCCUUCAAGCGGGAGCUGAAGUUCCUGAAGAUCAAGAUCGAGCAGCAGAAACAGUGCGAGGAGCGCUUGAAAAAACUGCUGGACGAGAACCUGCUGAAGGAGAGGGAAAACUGCGACAAGGAAAUCUCCUCGCUGAAGAGGCUGUGCGGCCAAAAGUGUGCCGAGAUGCUGGAGAAGAGAUCCGCCGAGACGCCUUUCAGGGCGAGAAGUGUUGUCGGCUACGUGCAGGAGAUGGGACUGCUGGGCCUGAACGCAGCUCUGGAGAAAGUGGGAACUCCGUGCUGCAUUCAGUAACAGCUUAAACUGUGUUAACAAACCUGGUUUCUGUGAUGGAAAAACACAUGGGGCCUGUAAACUGGCUGCAAAAGGGUUGUUGUAUUUCUAAACCAGCUUUGCAAAUCAAGAAAUGAAGCAAAAUAUUUCUUUGGCCGUUCUUUGGAAAAAUAGCUCAAGCUCAGUUGGAUUGGAUGGUCUGUAAACAUCAAUUAUCUACUGCUUUGCUACAUAUUAUUGAUUAGAUUCAAACACAAUUCCAAACCAUUUCAGCUUUGAACAUAUUUUCUUUUAAGAUUGCCCCAUAUUUUCUUCACAUACACUCUGACCAGCUUCUCUGUCUCUGCUAAAGAGAAGAGCAUGAUGGUGCCACCACCAUGUUUCACCACAGGGAUGGUGCGUUGAGGGUGAUGUGCACUGUUCCACUAAAAGUUAUAUGUUUUUUUUUUUUCAAUUGGAUUUUCUUGUAUCAUGCCUUAUUUUUCUGGGUCUCUCCCACAUACAAGUGUAAUAAAAUACAUUUAAGUGUAUAGCUGUGAUGUGACGCGAUGAGAAAGAAGCUGAAGCACAGAGAGUUCAAGCACGACAUGAAUACUUUGACUGAAGCGUUCACCCCAGAGGUAGGGAAAUGUCCGCCCACGUGAGAGAAAUUUCAUUCCAACAAAUGGAUGUGAUUCCUGUGUGUGUGUGUGUGUGUGUGUGUGUCCUAAAUCAGCAAAUGCACAAACUCUCAGAAAUGAAGCAGAUAAUCUGAUUAUGAUCUCCCCACCCUCUGCCGUGCGCUGUACUCCCUGUGUCAUUUAAAUCUGUACUCAAACUGAACCACGCUGCCAUUAUUUAAAGAACACACAUCUCUGGAGGGCUGCUUCUGUGCUGUUGCUGCCCCCCCCCCAGCACACUGUGGUCUGGGCAUUACCACCUGUUUAUUCUAGGAACAAUAAAGUCAGUUUUAAUCUGCACUACACCCCCUGAUAUGCUUUAAUGUCUCUGUGAUGUGUUUGUCCUUAAGUACGUGUGCGUUACCAAUGUUGUGAGUUCAGGAUGGAAGUGAGAUGCUUGGAUGCUGAGUAAUAUUUUCUAGAGUAAUGGAGGUCGUACAGUUUGCAAAGAUGUCCCAUAAAGCCUCUAAUAUAAAUUCUUACCACUUCCUUUCAAAAUAUUUUUUCCUGUUUUCUUAUUACUCCAAACGACUAAGUCCAAGGUGAAACAUUAUCGUUGUGCUGCCAUCAUUUUGCUUUGGGAUAAAGUGGAUCCCUGUCAACACCAUUCAUCCCAAAUUAUAGGUACUUUAUUAUUUACAUUUUGCCAAAAUAAAUGUUGACAGCUAGGAAGCCCCCCGCGCUUGUGAGUGGUUUGAUAUGACAGGUUCACUAAAGCCAUCUUGUUAUUCAGCCUGAAUUUAAGAGAUUCCAGGUAAAUGAAACAGCUUCUUUAUGUAUAUUAUGCAGUUGUAUUCAAUGCAUUACAAUAUAAAUUAAAAGUUCAUAUUUUCAGUAACUAAAUUCACAAAGUGAAACACAUUGUAUAGAUUAAUUACACACAGACUGGUGUUUAUAAGCCUUUAUUUCAUGUUGAUUGUGAUGAUUUCUAGUUUAUAGCUAAUGAAAACACAAAAAACCUGUUUUUGCAGAAAUGUGUGAUUAAUGAGAGGUACGCGCUUCCAAAAUGUUCUUUUACUUUGACAACCGAGCCUCAUGCAUGUCCUGUAUUAAAAAUGACUUCACUCUAAAAAGAGAAUUUAACUUGAUCAUUUAUAAACUACAUAGAUUAGGUUAGAUUACAUUCAGUUUGAAUUAACUUAGUUGUUUCAGUUGGUUGUUACCAAUUGAAGCAUUUCAUUUAAGUUGGAGUUUUAUUCUGUUUUUAGACCACAAACACAUUGUGUUACAGACUGUAUAACACAGUGUUACUGGAACCUGAAACCAGUUCUACUGAGAUUCAUUAAAUUGUUUUAAUAAACCAGUUUCUAACU